GUUCUCGCUGAAUCCCGUGCCCCAUGCAGGCACAUAACUUGGCGCUCCACCAAGAUCAAAUAGAAGGGAUGGCGAGUUCAGAAUGUAGGGGAUUUUCAACUUAUGCGCGAGAUCUUGAGCUCCCACAGAGGCAAUAUCCAUCACCAAUAGGUCCGGUACAUUAGUAUUGGUCCCGUUGUUUUCUAGCUUAGGUAGCAAUGCGUCGAACAUGGGCCUGGCUGCUCGGACGUAAAUGUCGUUAAACAUGGUUAAAAUUCCUCGGAAAUUCGAGGCGUCGCGCGUCAUAGCUCGGAGCUUGACACGCAGAUCUUCGGCAGAGAUGGGGAAAGCCCCAGCGGAGAGGAAAGGGACUCCGUACGCGUGUGCCCACUCCCGUCCCGAGUCGUGGGUGGCGAAUGAUACACGGUAUCCUCGCUCUUUCAUCUCGCUAGCCACUCGGAGCAACGGUUGCGCGUGUCCUUUAAUAGCGAUGGAUACGAACAUAAUGUGGCGCUCAUGUGGGUCUACUGGGGGUACUGGAGCUGGCGCGGGUGGCGGCGCUGAGCACGAAAACUCGCCAUUGUCGGACAAACAGACGGGGUCGGGAGCUACAGAUUCGGGAGCUUCUACGGAGAAUUUGGAGCUGGAACUUGCUGAUGAACUAGAGAAUGUGGCGGUGUAGCUGGUCACGUACGUUGCAUACGCGAAGACGGACAGCAAGAGGAUAAAGAGAGGCCGCAGUAGCGACGUCUGCAGCUGGGGGUGCCGCACCAUACGUAUUGCGUCCCGAUAAGUCUAUUGGAUAUGUGGUCCACAUCGAAUAUGAGUGGUGCACACCACGUGAUCUUGAAGCGACGUUGAGUAACAGACAAAGGUUUAGCGGAGUCACUUGUUCUCUGGAACAAAAAGCCGCCAAGUUGGCCGAGCACUGAUAACAGGAUGAUUUUCACUGCUUCCGAUGGCAAGAAGUUCGAGGACCGAGCAGCAUGGAGGCUCUACGAGUUCGAAUUGACUUACACGUUCCGCAACAAAAAGAACGAAACGCUCAUGAAGCUACCUGGGCAGAUUGAAGGACAACCUUUUGACAUUUCAGACCUGGAGGGAAGCACAAUCAUGCUGCUGGAUCACAUCAACCAGGUGCAGAUCGACAACCUGUCAAACUGCCGGGUAUUCGUCGGUCCGAGCUCGGAGUCUGUUUUCGUUCGGAAUUGCACCAACUGCGUCUUCACCAUCGCGUGCAAGCAACUCCGUACUAGGGACUGCUCGGGCUGCUCCAUCUAUCUGUAUUCGCUGACAGAUCCUAUAAUCGAGACUUCACAGCAGAUGGCAUUUGCCCCAUUCAACGGGGCUUACUGCGGCAUUGAGCGGAACUUCACGGACGCACGGUUGGAACCAACAAAUAACCACUGGUCACAGGUUUACGACUUCAAUGAUCCCGACAAGACAGGGGCCAAUUGGCGCAUUCUCAAACAAGAGGAAGAAGUGGUGCCAUGGGUGGUCGACAUUGAACUGCAAGUUCCUGGUGCGGCUACUUCGUUGGGUGCUUGCGUGAAUCCUGUUGCGCGUGACUCCGGCUUCGUUAAGUACACUGACAGCUCUUCGUCAGCCACUGGCGGCAUGCAAUCGUUCACAUUUAACACCUCUCAGAAGGAAGCCACGAAGGUGAUGCAGACUACUACAUCGGAUACCCCGGUUACACCUUCCAUCCCAGCUACACCAGCGCCAGCGCCACCUCAACCUCAGUCUGUGCCGAUCGCUCCCACGACUGCAGCUCCAGCUCCACCAGCCCCUCCUGUCCAAGCUCCAAUGGCACCUCCACCUACUCCCGUCGAAGGAUCUCACGCUCUGAAGCAGGCUAUUGCUGCCACAGCAGAACACGUCGCACCCCCGUCUACGAUGGCUCCAGUGCUGCCUCCUGUUGAAGGCGCCGACUUGACCACGAAAGGAAAGGAAGAGCCCGUCGUGGACGCCGUCGUGGAGCAAGUCACAGAGAUGAUGGGGAUGAUGUAAGGCCGCAAGAUACAGUAGAACGGAAUACUUUGCACAUGUGCUGUGGAUUCCCCAAACAUGACUACAAAAAUAAAACUUGCUUUCAGUAUACCUUGAA